AUGCAGCGUCUCACGAAGACCCGCCAGCCGACAGCCACCAAUGCCCCGCUGGCCUCCUCUUCUACCGCCGCGGGUGCCACUGAGCCUACUCUGUCAACGCUGAAUGUUACCAGCGACGUGCCUAAUUCUAAGCCGGCAGCCCUGCCUCAACCGGCUGCGUUCCUGCACUCCGCACACGCCACCGUGCAUAUUCCGGCCACGUUCAACGCUGUGAGCAACGCUGAGAGCUCUGACUCGACCGCCGCGUCGCAGUCGGCGUUCGUCGCCUCAAUGUCUCCUACGACCAAGUUCCACGCUGCCAGCGACGCCAAGAGUCUCGGACCACUAAACGUGUCGCAGCCUGCAGCGUUCACCGUCGCCGCCACGGAUGCCGCGGCGUCUAUUCCGGCCACAUUGGCGCCUGUUGUAAAGUGCUGCAAUCAGACAUCAGAAUCGCAGCUGAACGCGCUUGUUGCAGCCGCUCCCACCGGAUCCACCACUUCUGCCGUGCUGGACAGUGCAAACUCUACGCCCACCAACGUCAUUCCCAAUGUUUCGAGAUGUGUUUCUGUCGAUCCUACCUCCUUUACCACUGUGUAUCCGGCUGACGACUCGUCGGCGGAGAUGGAUUUCACGUCGUCCCCAGACAACGACCAUAAUACGCCAUCAUUAGAAAGCGGCUGGAGCACCGUCAGUACCAGCCGCAAACCUGCCUCCGCCGCCCGCCCUCGCACCGAGCUCAUCUCAGUUGGGAUACAGCUUCCGCCCGGUACCCUCACUCCCAAGCUGCCUCUUUACGACUUGCUUGCCGCCAUCGUCUCCGCCGCACAUCUCUCCUCCAAAACCAGCGCAGAGAUCACACUUCAGGCCAAGCCAGCUCAGAGCCUUGUAUUUCUGAAAACACACUCCCCUCUCACCGCCCAACUCCUACUUUCUCUCACGCAUCUCAGCUCCACGCUUACCAAGCUAAAUGAGCACCUUGCCACGCUCAUCACCCCGUCCCCUAACGCCCAGGUCGCCCCAUUGGCUGACCUGGUAGAAACCACCGCCACUGCACACCACACUCGCUUGCUUCAGCUCGAAACUUCGAUUGUCCAGAUCCUCACCACCCUCCAAACCCAAUCCAAGCAAUUGGAAUCAUUCGCUUCUAUGCUGGGCUCCCUCCAGGAGUCACUGCCCCCGGCCAAAAAGAAGGAACGUGUCCCCGCAAACUCUUCUACCUCUAAUCUAUCGUAA